UGAGGCGGGGGCUGCCCGGCAUUAUUCCCGGAGGCCGGCACCAGGCAGCAGCGGCGGCAUGACGGGCAAAGCGGGGGACGCGCUGGCCCACGCCAGCCUCCCCGCCAAGAGCAAGGCCCCCGAGGAAGGCGACCCCCCGCCGCCCUCCUCCACCCACGCGGGGAGCCAGGCAGGAGCCCCCAAGCCGCCCCCCUCGGGCCCCGCCGCGGCGCCGCGCUGCACGGGCUUCGGCAUCCAGGAGAUCCUGGGCUUGAACAAGGAGCCCUCGCAGGCGCUUCCUCCCGUCCCUUCUCCUCAGCACCAGCACCAGCACCAGGCCGCUCUGCUGCCGCCCCAAUCCCGCGGCGCCCUGGACGCCUUGCCAGCGGGGCACCUGCUCUCGGCGCGGGCGGUGGGCGGCGUGGGCCUGGGCCUGCUCAGCGCCGCCGGGGGCCUCCCGGGCUUCUACGCGCAGCCCACCUUCCUCGAGGUCUUGGCCGACCCGCCCGGGGUCCACCUGCAGCCCCUGGGGAGGGGGCCGGCCCCCAGGAUGGACGCCGGACAGACCGCCAGCUCAGAUUCCGAAGAUGUCUCCUCCAGCGACCGGAAAAUGUCCAAAUCCUCCUUAAACCAGAGCAAGAAGCGGAAGAAGAGGCGGCAUAGGACAAUCUUCACAUCUUAUCAACUGGAGGAACUGGAAAAAGCCUUCAAUGAGGCCCAUUAUCCUGAUGUAUACGCAAGGGAGAUGCUGGCUAUGAAAACAGAACUUCCUGAAGAUAGGAUACAGGUUUGGUUCCAGAAUCGAAGGGCCAAAUGGCGGAAGAGGGAGAAAUGCUGGGGCAGGAGCAGUGUAAUGGCAGAAUAUGGGCUUUAUGGUGCAAUGGUACGUCACUCCAUCCCACUGCCAGAAUCCAUCCUCAAAUCAGCCAAGGAUGGCAUAAUGGAAUCCUGCGCUCCUUGGCUGUUGGUUCAAGAUGGCUUUCCCAUGCCCAGGCGCUUUUCUAAACCCGAAUACCAACAAUUCUUUUUAGGGAUGCACAAAAAAUCUCUGGAGGCAGCGGCUGAGGCGGGAAGGAAGCCGGAGGUGGAGCGCCAGGCCCUGCCCAAACUUGACAAGAGUGACAAGGAAGAAAGGGGCCCAGAUUCCAAAACCACCAUUUCCCAAGAGGAACUGAGAGAGAACAGCAUUGCGGCCCUCAGGGCCAAAGCUCAGGAGCAUAGCACCAAAGUCCUGGGGACCAUCCCUGCAGAUCCUCCUAAUCCGCCCAGGAAGCCCGAGAACGAAGAAGCGGUAACCACAGUGGAGGACGAACGGCAAUUGGAAAAAUCAGAUUUAUCACAAGAGGAAGAGAAGCUGGUUUAGAAUGAGGAGGAAGAUGGGAAACAGCUGUCUCCUCAAAGACCAACGCCUCCAGGAGCUCUGCCUUUUCUCAGACUACUGGGUCUCUCCUGCAGUCCCUUCACAGCAGGCGGGAAGCCUCACUUGGUCUCUGUACAUUUCAGGAUGCCACAGGCUAAGACCAUGUUCUGCUGGGUAUGUCUAGAGACUGGUUACCCCUCUAAAGCAUAUUGUUCCUGCAAUCCGUGUCCUCAGGAACACUGUGGCUCUGCUGCCUUCCUUUGUGUAAAAUGGGGAGAGGGCAAGGGGGCUAUAUACGAUCACAAUCUUAGUUCAAGAGGAAAACGCAGCUUGCUAGGACUUUUUCCUCAACACCAGCCACCACACCAAUGCCAUGUCCUUCCUUUCUUCCCCUAUCAUUCAGUCUCUGUUGCCCCAUUCUCAGAGUAUCUUCUGUAAUCUCAUUGUAUUUCAUGGUCAGAAUCAACCUCUUUCUCCUUCUCUCUGUCAGGUUCUUAGCUUUCCCAGGGAAGAAUGACCCCUUUUUCAUAUUUAUACAUUAAUUUAUGUAAAUAUAUGUGUGUUUUAAACUGCUCAUUGCCUAGCAUUGAAGCUUGUUUAAAAAGAAAGUCAUUCCCCUCUUCCUAACGUCAGGCCAAAUCUAAAACCGGCCAGGUGACAACCCUACCUCAUAGUGGGCCUCGCCUUCAUGGCAAUAUCAAAAUUGUUGUUGAUGAAAGAGGCCCAGACACCCUUUUAGUGCAAUGUGAAUUUCCCUUGCAGAAGAAUUGGCUCAUUUGUGCCAUCCAGAUUGUACUAGCCCAAAAUACUCAGGUAGCAUUGCUAUCCCCCACUCCACUUGGCCAAUAUCACUUUAGGGGGAAAUCUAUUGAAACAAUUAGUUAUUCCAUUGUACUGAUCUAAAUUUUCCACGUUUCUUUCCUGAGAGAGCACUGAAAUAGGAAAGGAGUGCUUAAUUACUAAAACAAAUGUGUCAAGGCACUUUGGAUGUCAUAUUGUCUGACAUUGGAGUUUUGCUCCUUCCUCCCAAAUUUGGACAUAUAGGAUCUGCAUGGCUUGUUGACACAUGUCAAGGGAAAUGCAUUGUCCACGCACUAUGUAACUUAUCAUAUCCCAUGGGUUUAUACUCAGCAUUGAGAACCUUGUCCCAGUUUAAGGCUGGGCUUGUGCUCUGCAAUCUUGUAAGUAACAUCAUGGUUCGCAAAUAGAAGUCAAGAAAUAGCCACAUUUUGAGGGUGGGAGUGUGUUUGGAACCGCAUUUGACUCUCAAAUGAAUGUGUGAACUGGUAUCAUAGAGAUGCCUCAUGCUUCAGAUUAUAUGGAAGUCUUCCCAAUGGAGUUAUUAAAAGGUCCACAUUACUGAUGCUUGCUUGCAAAUGAUAACGAUAGAUUGCAAAACAAUCUAUGUAGGACAAGCUGUUUGCGUGCACUUCACCUAUCUCUAUCACGUGCAGUUAAAUAUUAGUUGAAUACCAGUAACAAAGCUGUUCAAUGCCACUAACAUGAAGUAAAGCACUUACUGACAACUCCAAAUCCCAAAAACAAAUCUUCACAUAGCCAAUGACUUUCAAAAACAUUAAUAUGAUGCACUGUCAUAAAAAAUUCACUUACUUCCAUUGUAACAUUCUCUUCUAUGAAGGCCCACAUAUUCUUUCCUAUUUUAAUUUGCAACAAAGAUUUUUUUAACCUGAAGUUGCUGUUUUAUUUGUUUAUGAUUAAAUCUUUCCUUCCCACACAAUCCUUAUCUAUGUCCCCCCGUUAUUUGGUGUGUUAGAUUAUAGACCAUGAUAUGUAAAUAAUGUACAUAUGGUGAGAAAAGUUGGUAUUUGAGGUGUUUAAGAUACAAAAUUGUAACAAUUAGUCAUUUGAAACCUGUGAUUUUUUUGGUGCCAUUUUCUGUAAAGAUAUAAAUCAGAAUAAAACUGAACUAAAGAUUGACAAA